AUGGGAGGUACUUAUUAUCUAGGGUUUGAUCUUUCGACACAACAAUUAAAGUGUUUAGCUGUAGAUGAACACCAAUGUAUCGUUGGUGAACAAACUGUGGAAUUCGAUAAAGAUCUGCCCCAUUAUAACACAGAAAAGGGGGUAUAUCACAAAGGCGAUAUUGUUGAUAGUCCAGUAGCACAGUGGGUAGAGGCUUUUGAUCUUGUAUUACAACGAUUUGUCAAUGCUGGAUUUGAUUUGAGCAAAGUAGUAGCUGUAUCAGGUUCUUGCCAACAGCAUGGUUCUGUAUAUUGGACUGAGGAAGCCUGUGACUUGUUAGAAAGUUUACAAGCUGACCAUGGUUAUUUAAAGGAUCAAUUGGUACCCAAUGCAUUUGCUAGACCUACAGCUCCAAACUGGCAAGAUCAUAGUACUGGAAAACAAUGUCAGGAAAUGGAACACACGAUUGGGGGUCCUCAGGAGAUGGCUAGGAUUACUGGCUCAAGGGCACAUUUUAGAUUCACAGGUCCUCAGAUACUUAAAAUUAUUCAAGAAGAGCCAGAUGUAUAUGAAAGAUCGCAUGUUAUAACUUUAGUUUCUAAUUUUGCAACGUCUUUGCUCUGUGGUAAAUUUGUUCCGUUGGAAGAAGCAGACGCAUGUGGGAUGAACCUUUACGAUAUCCAAGAAAGGAAAUUUAGUGAGCCCUUGGUUCAAUUAUUAGAAUGUAAUAGACCUUACAAGAUUGGUAACAGUUUACUAUCGAAAUUACUCGGUGAACCUAUGCGUGCUGGAUCUCCACUUCGUGCAGGUACCGUAUCUCAAUAUUUCGUUGAUAAAUAUGGUUUUAACGGUAAUUGCUCAAUAUUCCCUUUCACAGGUGAUAAUUUAGCCACCAUUUGUUCAUUGCCCCUUCGUAAUAACGAUGUCCUUGUUUCUUUAGGGACAAGUACCACAGUAUUACUGGUUACAGAUCAAUAUCAUCCAUCACCUAACUACCACUUAUUUAUUCAUCCAACGAUCCCUAAUCACUAUAUGGGUAUGAUAUGUUAUUGUAAUGGAUCUCUAGCCAGAGAACAAAUUCGUGAUAAAUUGAAUAUAGUGUGUCAUGACAAGAAACCUGGGAACUGGAUAACAUUUAACGAAGCUGUAAGUGAUGAUAACAUCUCGAACGAUAAUGAAUUGGCCAUAUAUUUCCCAUUAGGUGAAAUCGUUCCUAGUGUUCCAGCUGUUUGCCAGAGAGUUCUAUUUGACAAGGAUACAGGCGAAAUUUUGCAAAAAGUAGACCAAUUCAAUGAUUUAAGACAUGAUGCCAAGAAUAUUGUCGAGUCUCAAGCGUUAAGUUGUAGAGUCCGUGUUUCUCCAUUAUUGACUCCACGUCCCGGAGCUUUCUAUACAUCGAUUCAGAUCAAUACAAUGGUAAAAUUUGACUACGAUGAAUUACCAUUAACCACGUACUUUGACUGUAGACCUGAACAUGUGUACUUUGUUGGUGGAGCAUCUAAAAACUUGGCAAUUGUAAAACGAUUUUCUCAAGUUCUAGGUGCCACAAGCGGUAACUUCAGAUCGGAGAAUCCAAACUCAUGCGCAGUUGGUGGUUGUUAUAAAGCAAUGUGGUCGUAUCUACAGCAAUCAGAAAGUCAACCUACCAAUUUUGGUUUGUUCCUGAAAGAACGUCUCCAACCAACUGACCUGCAAUUGGUUCUCAAGGGGGACGACAAUGCAUGGGACAAGUACAAUCAUAAGAUAGUUCCUCUAAGUCGUUUAGAACAAGCUUUACAACGUUAA